AUGGAACAGCCGUGGUACCACGAGGAGUCGUACCACUACUACGGUCGUCCUCCGGCCGGGGCAUCUGAUCGAAAGACCGUCCCUUCCAAAAAAUCCGGCAAGUCGGUGGCCACGAAAUCGGGCAACGGCAGCGGAAGCGGAAAUUCGGGGAAGCUGGCGGAUACGCAGGUCGAGGCGAAGAGCGACAAGAAGAAGGAGGUGGCGAAAAAGAAGGAGAAAGAGAAAGAGAAGGAGAGGGACAAAAAGCAGACGGACAGCUCGCGGAAGCGGAGCAAAGACGACCCGACGACCAAGCUGGUGGCUAGCGCCUACUUUUUGGAGUGGCAGCAAACCUCAUUCCAAUCCUAUGUCCGGAAGAUCAACGACCUGUUCCUGAAGCCCCUGGUGAAGCACGUGACGGGGAAUCGGCUGCAAGAUGAUGGCACGAUCGACUACUCGUGCAAGGAGCGCGAGAGGCUGAAGGCCGGACCCCAGGAGGAGGAGCAGUCGGAUCAGCACCAGCUUCGCAUGCGGCUCAAGGAGGCUACGAUGCGCAACUGGGACAACGAUGGGUUGCACUCGAGUGCUGGUGAGCAGAUGACGACACUGGGCGAGAUGGCGGUGAUGCAUCGGCUGCGCAGUCUUGUACAGAUCAGCGGCCAGUUGCUGACCAUCGAGGCCAGGCUGAACAAGUGGCUGGAGAAGCACAUUGGCACCAUCGCCCCGCACGCGGCCUCGCUGAGCCUGCUGCCCUACGCCUCGUACGCCUUCGAGGCCACGUCGGCCCUCAGCGAGAUCUUCCACCUGCGCCCCAUCGACAGGGCCAAGUGCAGGAUCCCCACCAAGGGUACGGCCUAUGUGCGUGAGCUGGAGGCUCAGAUUAAUGGAUAUCGGGCUUGCGUGUACGUGAUCGGCUCGUGCUUGACGGCCUCCAUCCACUCGCUGUUCAAGGUGGUCCCACACGAGCGUCUCGAGGUGCGCCCUCGUGAGGUGGAGGACACGCUGCUGCUGCUCCCGAAUCCGUUCCUCGACCCGGCCCCGCUCCCCGCCCUCAGCGCGUACACCCUCGACCUGCUCAACGACGCGCCCCCGUCCAAUCGGAAGUGGCCAAAGUUGCCGAAGGGGACUGAGAUGAGCUCGGGCCGUCGUGAGCCGGAGCCCCAGUCGGACACGUCGGUCGAGGAGGGAGAGACCGAGAGGACCGAGAACCACCCCGAGCCGAGCAACCGCGAACCGCAGGGAGCGGCGGCCGAGGCGGUUACCCCGGAGGCCGGAAGCGCCUCGUCGAAACGGGCCCCCAAAGAACCGACCCCAGCCGUCCCCUCGGCCACCACCGCCCCGAAAAAGGCCCAAAAUCAGCGCCCCGCCAAACGCUCGACGGGCGACAAGCUGAAGGACAAGCUGAAGCUGAUCCGGCUGAAACAU